AUUUAAAAAAUUAUUAUUCUAAGAUAAUAUAAAUAAUAUGUAUUCUAUAUGUGUAUCUGUAUUUUUAUUUGUAAGUAUCUGAUAUUACUUAGUAGCUGACAAUAUUUGGGUCAGUGUAAGUCAUUAAGGGUCAAGAAAAUCUUGCGGUUUCUGUAAAGCCGUUAUGGGCCUAUAAAAGCCCAAAUUGUUUACCUGUGGGAAACAGUGUGUUGACGAGCCAAAUCGAAAAUAAGUGGACAUUUUUAAAAAUAACACUCUAUUAAGUAAAAUGGCCAACGUCGCGGAAGAGUCAAAAGAAAAGCAUUACGAUGUCGAUGAUUUUUUGAGGCUACCUGUAAUUUUCUACAAUGUCAUGGGCAUAGCACCCUAUGAAACUGACCGAAAACCAACUAUUUGGUUUCAAAUAUAUUUCGUAUUGAACGCGGUUAACGCUGUGCUGGCCUUUACUGCUGAAAUAGCGUUCAUGGUGAACACUUUUCGCGAUAAUGAAAAUUUUCUCGAGAGCUGCAUCGUAUUGAGCUAUGUGUCCUUUGUGGUCACAGGACUUUUAAAGAUGUGCGCUGUGAUGUAUCGAAAGCCAAAGUUGACCAGUUUGGUUCGGCAAUUGAGGACCUGUUUUCCGUCAUCAAGUGCAAAGGAUCAGGAGGAAUAUGCUGUGAAGUCGUAUCUGGAUCGCAGCCAUAUGUACACAAAGGGAUUUGGUGGUCUCUACACGAUUACGUAUUUCGCCCACAUCCUUAUUCCCUUGUUGGUAUACAUCAUUCAGAGUGUGGUGCUCCAGUAUCCGGAUGCCGAGCAGAUUAUGCCGUUUUACCAACUCGAACCAUGGGAAUUUCACGACUCCUGGUUGUUUUAUCCAACCUAUUUUCACCAAUCGUUUGCCGGAUAUACUGCUACAUGUGGAUCCAUUGCCGGUGACCUCAUGAUCUUCGCUGUGGUCCUGCAGGUCAUCAUGCACUACGAACGACUGGCCAAGGUUCUCAGGGAAUUUAAGAUUCAAGCCCUUAACGCACCCAAUGGAGUUAAUGAGGAUCUGAGGAAGUUGCAGUCUCUAAUCGCUAAUCACAUUGAUAUACUUCGGCUCACCGAUGUGAUGAAUGAGGUGUUUGGUAUUCCCUUGUUGCUAAACUUUAUUGUCUCUGCGCUGCUUGUCUGCCUGGUGGGAUUUCAAUUAACCCUCGAUUUCAAUCCCGAGUAUUUUUGCAAGCAGGUGCUGCUCCUGACUUCUGUACUGUUUGAGGUCUAUCUCCUCUGCUCCUUCAGCCAGAUGUUAAAAGAUGCUAGCGAAAACGUUGGCCAUGCGGCAUACGAUAUGGACUGGUUAGGAUCCGACAAACGAUUCAAGAAAAUUUUAAUCUAUAUAUCUAUGCGAGCCCAGAAGCCAGUUUGCCUUAAAGCCACAAUCGUCUUGGACUUAUCCCUUUCCACUAUGAGCAUCUUUCUUGGCAUGUCGUAUAAGUUCUUUGGCGCUUUAAAGACUAUGUAUCAAUAA